AUGUCAACGUGCAACUCGACACCUAGCUUCAAUUUCGAUUUGAACAACUUGUUAAACCAGGUGAACUCGAACGUUUCUGCUUUGGUCCGUAGAAAACACGUCAAUAGUGAUGGGCUAACUGCCAACCAAACUACAUCUGGUCCAGUUUCUUCUGCGAAAACGAAACCGAAAUCAGUUGCUCACCAGUAUAAGAGAUCGACCCAUCCAACCUCCGUUCCACUAAAUAGGUUGUUCAAAAACCAGUUCCCACUCUCAAUCAGAGAGUCGUUUGAUGACUAUUCGUAUAGAAGAGAUCCUCUCAAGUUCCAGCACACUUUGCUCCUGGCUUUGCCCUUCUUUCCAGAACCAGAUGUAACGGGAAGGUCUUCACAAGUGAUCCAGACUGUGAUCGAUGAAGAAGGAAAUUAUAUAAACGAGUUCGUCAUCUAUCCGCCAGGUAAAUCUGAAGCUGAUACCAAGACAUUGAACCAUCUCAUAAUGGUCCACGGCUACGGUGGAGGUCUCGGAUUUUUCCUCAAGAACUUUGACAAGAUUUCCACUGUAGAUAACUGGUGUGUUCAUGCCAUCGAUCUCCUUGGCUACGGGUGUUCUUCGCGUCCGCCGUUCAAGCUUGAGAAAGAAGAUAUCCAUAGUGUAGACAACUGGUUCCACGACUCGUACGAAGCCUGGUUGAGAAAGAGAAACCUCUAUGACUUACCCCCUCUGCAAGUCCUUGUAAUGGCCCAUUCUAUGGGUGCGUACUUGAUGGGUACAUAUGGCAUCAAGAGAAAUCCCGAUUUCUGCCAUAAGCUCCUUAUGGUAUCACCAGGUGCCAUCAUCAAGCAUCGUAAGCCAGUUCCCGUUCCCUUGUACUUUGCCAAAUUGUGGGAGCAGAACAUUUCUCCAUUUGUAUUGGUGAGAAAGACUGGACCGCUAGGUUCUAAAAUCGUUAGUGGCUGGUCUUCCAGACGUUUUGCCAAAUUGACAAGACAAGAAGCCACCUGGCUCCACAAGUAUGCCUAUGGUAUCUUCCUGAGCCCCGGCUCGGGUGAAUAUAUGUUGAACUACUUGCUUGCACCAGGGGCAGACGCCAGAUUUCCAUUGAUAGAGAGAGGCAUACACAAGCUUCGGUGCAAAUUGGGAUGGUGGUAUGGCAAAGAAGAUUGGAUGGAUGUCAAGGGGGGACAGCUCUGUUCCAAUAUCAUCAACAACUACUACCAUGAUCCUCACCGCAGUGAGAUUAUAGAAGUCGACGAUAGCGGACACCAUAUCUAUCUUGAUAACAUCGACAAAUUUAACGAAUUACUAACCAACGAAAUGAAGCAAAUGAACGAGGAACUUAAAAGCGAAAGCACAUGA